AUGCCAUUCUAUUCAAUGGAAAGUGGAGAAUCAUUCGGGGCAUUAAUGAAUCGAAAAAGAGCAAAUAAUGUUGGCGAUAAUUCAUCAUCAAAUUUUGACCAGAUGGAACUAGAAACAACUAACCAAAGAUAUUUCGAUUUCAAUCACGAUCCAAAAUUCCUGAGAAUGCGCCAAAAAAUUUUGAAUAAUAUGAAUAAUUCACUGCCUCUAAAUGUACUUGGUGUAAAAUAUCCAUAUUCCACUUAUUCGGAUAUGUAUGCUGGAUUUGAAAAGUAUUAUCGAAUCAUGGCAGAAAAUGGUGCAUAUUCAGAAUUAGGAUUUGAUACAAAUUUCAAAAGUGCCAGUGGACGACCACUCCUUAAAAAAGUAAUGCCGGUACUUGCUCAUAAUGUAAAUGCCGACAAAAACAAGACACAACGAUAUUUGGGAGGCAGACGAAUUGUCCUGACAAAUGGGCUAUCAAUGCAUAAAAUGAAUACUAGAGGACAUAGCAAUGGAGCAGUGCAAAAUAGACAAGCUAUGGCGAAUGGUCAAACUAGACAAACUAUGUUAAAUAAUAGGAAUAGACAAACUGCGGUGAAUGGACAAACUAAAGUGAAUGGUGGAUGUAAAGUUACUAGUAAACGAGAAGGAUGGAAAGCAGAUGAAUCAUUAAAAAAUUUGGACGACAAUAUAAUUAAUAUAAUUGAAGCUGAGAUUAUGUCAACACGUACAGACAUUCAGUGGGCCGAUGUAUCUGGCUUGGAACCUGCAAAAAAGGCACUCAAAGAAAUCAUUGUUCUUCCGUUUCUCAGACCUGAUAUUUUCAAAGGCAUACGUGCACCUCCUAAAGGCGUAUUACUUUUCGGACCACCUGGUACUGGAAAAACGAUGAUUGGACGAUGUGUUGCAUCACAAUGUAAAGCAACGUUUUUCAAUAUAGCUGCAUCUUCCAUUACAUCAAAGUGGGUUGGUGAAGGUGAAAAACUUGUCCGGGCCCUUUUUGCAAUAGCACGGGUUUUGCAGCCUUCCGUGGUUUUUAUUGACGAGAUUGAUUCUUUGCUUACAAGUCGGAGUGAGAGUGAGCACGAGUCAUCAAGACGAAUAAAGACUGAGUUUCUUAUUCACUUGGAUGGUGUUGCAACCACCUCCGAUGAAAGAAUUCUUAUUUUAGGAGCUACAAAUAGGCCCCAGGAAUUAGAUUCGGCUGUUAAACGUCGUUUUGCUAAACGAUUGUACAUUGGCUUACCAUGUGAUGCUGCCAGAAUACAAAUGAUUCAGUUACUUCUCAGUGACCAGAAACACAAUCUUUCCGAUGACGAUGUACAGCACGUGGCGGAAUUAACGAAUGGUUAUUCGGGUGCAGAUAUGAAGCAACUGUGUUCCGAGGCGGCGAUGAUUCCAGUUCGCAAUAUUGUGGAUUCGUCGUCACUCGAUAUUGCUUCAAUAAGCGCUGACGAUAUUCGGCCAAUCUCUUUUUCCGAUUUCGAAACAGCACUGCAUUUUGUUCGUCCAACAGUUGUUGAAAAGGAUCUCGAAGGAACAGUUGUAGUUCCUCUCAAAACUUUUAAAGAAGACUCGAGUAGUUCCGCAGCUCGAUUCAAGUACAUAUUCUUUGCCAGUUCACCAUCGUUGUGUUUUGCGCUGACAUUAUUAAGCAAUGCACAUGAAGUUGCAAAAAUAUGUGGCAAAACAGCUGCUGAGCGAUUUGUUACGUUUAAAAUUUCAUGUCAAAAAUUGAAUGGACUACUUCGACUGAAAGAAAUUGAUGCAGAGCUCGAAACAUGUACAGAUCUUCAAAAGAGAAAUACUCUGAUGGAUUCACAUUCUGACUUAGUGGAGCUUAUUGAUCUUUUGACCGAAAAUGAAACAACCUCAGUGACUGAACAAGAUUUUAAUGAAACUCGCACUAACGCUGACUUACAAGAUUCCAGUCAAUUAAUUGGAAUGCACUGCUUUGCACCAUACAGUCGAAUUGUUGAUCAAGCAGUGCAUUUACAUGACGCCGUCAUUUUAGAUUUUGUUGAAAAUUCAAAUGAGGAAGAGGAUGAUAUGAAGGUCAGAGUAUUAUAUGGUCAUCCUCUUGAAGCAGCAAUGAAGCCUUGUGAAUAUUUUCUUAACGACCGCUGUAAUUAUGGGAAUGAAUGUCGUUUUUCGCAUGGUGAAGAAGUUUCGUUUUCAACCCUUCAAGAAUAUCAACAACCUGAUAUUUCGAUGGUACGAGAAAACUCUCUUGUACUCGUAUUGGGUGGAAAUAAGUUAUGGAGCAGUGCUCGAGUUACUGCUAUAGAUGGUGAAAAAUUGGCCGUUCGGUUACUGCUUACUGGAAAAGAAAUUGCUGUGGAUCAAAAUAAAAUUUAUCCAAUCCCGCAAGUAGUUAAUGACGCUGAAGAUGAAGUUUCUACCGAAGAUUUAGCAACAACUUCAUGGAAAGAAUAUAAGCAGGAAAGGCGUGGAAAUGUUACCAUUGGUGAUAUCGGUGAUUGGGAAAAGCAUACACGUGGUAUCGGGAUGAAGCUACUGCUGAAAAUGGGUUAUCGAGCUGGUGAAGGGCUUGGUAGAAGAUCCGAUGGCAUUGUGCAUGCAAUUCAACCAGUAAUUUUUCCCAAAAAUAAAUCAUUGGAUAUUUGUAUGGAAGCGAAGAACAGAAGAGUGGUGGAUGGGAUGAAAUCUCGUCAACAACAGGUGAGACAGACAAUCGCGAAAAAGUUGAAAGCUGCUGAACAGCCAGUUGAUGUUUUCGAAUUAUUGAAUGAUACAUUAAAUAAAGCUUCAGCAGCAGAAGAGCAAAACGAUAAAGUAAAGGAGAUGGAAAGAUUACAGAAUUGUUCCUCAACAACUCUUGGUAUUCAAGCAUUAGAUUUGAAUAAGAAAUUAAAGGAGUUGAAAGAUAGAGAACGUAAACUGCGUGAAGGUGUUGCGCGUAAUCAACGUGAUGCUGCUACAGCCAAUAAGUUGAAGAAAAAUUUAUUAAAAUGUCGCGAUGAAAUACAACAACUAUUGAAUCAACAGCGGCGACUUAGCGACUUGAUGGACAGUCGAAGAAAAAAGAAAGAUAUCUUUUGA